UCCUCCGAAACACUGGCCGGCUUGCUAGCUAAGCUGCGACAACAAACUGCCUGGAAACAUGUGCGGACGAAGGAAUGGCGGCGUCGGCGGCCACCCUCUGCCGGCGGUGGGGGAUCUGCGAGGCCGCCGCCGCGACGACGAGCAGGAGCAGCUGAAGGUGGUGGUGGUGGACAGCGACAGCGACGAUGAGCAUGAGGAGGAGAUGAAGCUGGAGGAAGAGUUCAGGAGGUACUGCGAGACGGGGGAACUGCAGCCUCUCAUCCCCACCAAAGCCGUCCUCAAAGAUCACCGGUCCAAAAAGGACAAGCAGCCGGCGCCGGCGGCGAGCAAGAACCGCAUCCGCGGCGUCCGCCAACGCAGGAACGGGCGGUGGUCGGCGGAGAUCAGGGAUACUACCGUGCUGGGCGCCCGCGUCUGGCUCGGUACCUUCGACUCGGCGGAAGCGGCGGUGCUGGCCUACGACGCGGCGGCGCGCAGGAUCCGCACCGGCGGCAACGCCAAGGCCAAGCCCAGCUUGCCGGCUCCUGCCGCCGCCUCCUCCAACAAGAUGAAGAAGCAGCCGCCGGUCCCGGCUGUUCCCAAGAAGAUGAAGAAGCCGGUGGUUCCGGCGGCGGCCGAGAUGGUCCCCGGCGACGGCGAGCCUGCAGGAGAGCUGGCCCCGGUGCUGCUGGCUGACGCACUGGAGGCCACCGACGGCUGGGAGUUCGAGCCGUACUACGGCAUGAGCCUCCACGGCCUGCAGGGCGGCGUCUACGCCGACGACGUGCCGGCCGAUGAGCUGCAGGGCGGCGGCGCCGGCGCGACGGUCUACGCCGCCGACUACGGCUGUCUCUGGUCCUUCUAGCUCCUAGCUGAUUAAGGAUCGAUCGAUAGGCAGCAAGCUUAGCUGCUAAUUGCAGUAGAUUACUAGUAUUAAUUAAUUAGCACUAGCUUUGAGACUAGCAACCGUACGUACGUGCUACUGCACCUAUUGGGCAUUUUUCACAUUUGAAUCUAGGGUACGUUGUUAUAUAUAUAUAUAUAUAUAUCGUUCCGUUUAUGCUUGUACACGUA